AUGUUUCAGCACAGCGCAAGACAGAGAAUCGACGAUUAUGUGAGGGUAUGGGCCCCGUUUCUGGCACUGGACGUCUGGCUUCUACUUCGACUCCAAUUUCUUUCCAGUUUGAUUCAAUUUCUCUCCGCCACUCUGUUGCUCUGGCUCGACAGCACACCAAGCACCCUAGGUCUCAUCAUGAACUUUGUGAUUCAAAUCACGGCGCAAUUCAACGUACUGGUUCAGAACCGAGCCAAUCUCGAAGCAGACAUUACCUCAACAGAGCGAGUACUUUCGUAUGUCGACCUAGAGCCCGAGGAGCGUUCGGAUGAAAAAGCCGCUGUACCCUUGACAUGGCUGCGGACUCCAGUUAUCCAGUUCAAAUCCUUUACGAUGGGCUACCAGCCCAACCAACCUCCGUGCCUGCGCGACAUUAAUAUCACCAUUAACGCUGGCGAUCAUAUCGCCGUCGUGGAUCGCACUGGAGCCGGAAAGUCUUCUUUUGCGCUCGCUUUACUUCGUGCCAUUGAUAGCGAAGCAGUUCAUAAUGGAAAAAUUGUGGUGGAUGGGCAGGACAUCUCGAGUCUCAGGAUUGAUGACGUCCGCCAGAGAAUCACCCUUUGGCCGCAGGAAGCUCCCAUAUUCCGAGGCACACUACGGGACAACGUUGACCCUAGCGGUAUGGUAGCCGAAGAGAGAAUUCGGAAUAUUGUCAAUGACUGCCUCAUACCCAAAUUAUUCGGCAUGGAGACCAACCCGAAUCCUCUGGAGCUACAAAUUAACAGCUCAGGCAUGGCUCACGCAUUUGGAACUGUCCCCAAGGGUGCAGCGAAGCAGCCUGAGAAGUACACUCUCCGGGUGCCCGAUGAGGAGAUCGAUGACUUCAAGAAGCUCCUCGCCUUGUCCAAGAUUGGACCAGAGACGUUCUACAACAGACAAGAGGACCGCCAAUUUGGUGUAACUCGCAAGUGGCUCAUUGAGGCCAAAGAUGCCUGGCUCAACUACGAUUGGCGCAAGCGGGAGGAUCGCAUCAACUCAUUCCCAAACUUCAAGGCAAAGGUCGACCACAAGGAAAUCGGCACCACGGAUCUUCACUUCGUCGGCCUCUUUUCAUCGAAGCCGGAUGCGCUCCCAGUCAUCUUUAUGCACGGAUGGCCUGGCUCUUUCCUCGAGUUCUUGCCUAUGCUCGACCUCAUCCUGAAGAAAUACACUCCAGAAACCCUCCCAUACCACAUUAUUGUUCCCUCUCUGACUGGCUACGGGCUGUCAGCAUCGUCAGCCCCACUGGAUAAGGAGAUUACCGUGGAUCAAGUAGCAGGUAUCAUGCAUCAGCUGAUGCUGGACCUCGGAUUCGGAAGUGGCUACGCAGCUCAAGGAGGCGAUGUCGGGAGCUUUCUGGCUAGAUUCAUGUCGGCGAACUACAAGGAAUGCAAGGCAGUUCAUUUGAACAUGCUUUAUCCCAGUCCCGAUGACCAACCUGGAAGCACUGACGAUCUCACUGCCGAAGAGCAGAAGCACACUCAGCACAUGCUCCAAUGGAGAACUACGGGAAUGUCGUACGCGUUGGAGCACGGUCUGAGACCGGCAACCAUUGGGCUUGUCCUCUCGGCCAGCCCAAUUUCCUUGCUAGCUUGGAUCGGCGAGAAAUACCUGGAGUGGGUUGACAAUUGCUACCCGCUGCAACUUGAAACCAUCCUCGAUCUCGUCAGCCUGUACUGGUUUACCUCCACAUUCCCCAGGAGUAUUUACCCGUACCGGGCUCUGGCCCAGUGGAUCACCGCUGGGAGUGUAAUGCCUAUUCCGACAUCAAAGGAAAUACCACUCGGGUACUCUUUCUUCCCGAGUGAGGUCAGUUUCAUGCCCAAGGCAUGGGCUGAGAAAACUUACCCCAACCUCAAGUUCUACCGAACUCACGAGAAGGGUGGACACUUCGCUGCGCUCGAACAGCCCGAGCUUCUCUUGCAAGAUGUCGAGGAUUUCUUGAAGUCGGUGAAGGCUACGUCGAAGAUUUGA